AUGGAAGAGAAGAAGGCAGAAUCGACGAACAAAAAUGCUAAGAAGGCCAAUUUGUUGGACCACCACUCGAUCAAGCACAUCCUUGACGAGUCCGUCUCCGAGAUCGUCACGAGCCGCGGCUACAGGGAGGACGUGAGGCUGAGCAACCUCAAGCUGAUCUUAGGAGUGCUGAUUCUCUACAUUAAGGAGAAGAAUGCCAUUUUGUUCACCUAUCCUCCUGAGGGAUCAUUCACGAGCACAGGCUUGGUUGUAUCUUCAAAUCUGCCCAGAUUCUCUGAUCUCUACACUCUCACCAUCGACAGUGCUGAUCCCAAAUCAAUCUCAGCUGGGAAAUCAGUCAAUGUUCUUAUGACGAAUCUAAUUUGGGUGAUUGUUACGCGGAUGCAGACACACAGAAAAAUGCCAAAAGAACAAAAGACUGUCUCCGAGUCACCUUCUUCUGAUGCAGAAGCUCUGGUUCCAGUUGAGCCGCGUCCUUAUGGAACCUUCAAUACGGUAUGA